AGCGGGUGUUUGUGGUAAUGAAGGCUGUGGGAAACGCUGCGGAUCGUUCCAUAAAGGGCGGCGACUUAGCGAUUGUGGUGCCCAGAGUAGUCCCCGGGCGCCGGGUACCCUCCUUUGAAUGCGCGGAUGAAACGCUUCAGUGCUCGUGGGUUGCCUCAAAACUCCAUACUACCCUUGCGAGCCAUGAUGCUCUGCUUCUCGUCGAACAUCAUUUGCCACUUGAUAGCCUUACAGUCAUCAGCCUCCCGACAGUAACCAGGCAGCGAACCACGUAAACGUCAGCUUGUCGCAUGAGGUUCGCAAGCAUGCGGCCUAUUCUAUGGCGGAUCGCCCCUCUGCUGGUCGCCUUGACCGUCUUGACUUUCCCCGUGGUGUCAAGUCCAACGCCCAAUAUACCUGAGACGAACAGCCUGUCCAACGUCUCCGAAUCUGGAUUCUAUGAUCGACGCCACUUGGCGGAGGAGAAUGGCGGGCAGCAACGGUCGGCCGCUGUCGAUUCGCUUAGAGAUGCGCCAGUGGCGCUUCCUCGCGCAGAAGGACACCUUCGUGUGAAUGAGAAUGUCAACGAACACGCCGAUCCUGAUCAGCGCGGUGACGACGAGCAGCACGCUCAGAUUGCGGGCGAGGAAUUAGACGAACGUUCGCCCGGACAACCUCCAGCCCUACGUCAUGUCAACAACCGUCAGCGUCUCCGUCAGUCUAUCGAGAAUGCAGCGGCUGAUGCCGUUCUCAUACGCUACCCGUGCCAUUGUUGCGACCACCUCUGCAAUAGCGAGAAGCAGCUGAAACGGCACUAUCAAGAUAAACACGAAGACCAAGUGUUUGUCUGCCAUUCCUGCUGGCAGCUCUUUCCGCGAAACGAGAGAUUCUCGAAGCAUUGCCGACGCAGACACGGUAGAACUCUGCCGGUACGACGUCAGCAGAAAAGAUACGCCCUUGCAUGCGGGUUGUGCAGGGAAGCUGUCUUCUACAGCUUUGACAGCUUCUUCAAGCAUGUCGUUGAGCGACGACAUCGAGAGUCGCGACGAUGGUGGGAUUGGCGACAGCAAGCGGCAACCCUGCUUGCUCAGCAAGCGUUCAUGCCGCUGUGGCAAGCCUGCAUGAAUGAGCUGUCGCUCGACGAACAACCACACUUUCUCGAUUGGUGCCGCGACAACACGAACGAAGGUGACUUCUUGGAACGUCUCCACGGCAACUCCUUCACGCACAAGAGACUCGAAGAAUACCAGGAGGAUGUCCGGACGAUGCUCUGGCGUCUCUAUAGCCUCCUUCGCCAACGCUCCUCGAUGAUUGGUCCUGCACCUCGACAUGAUGACCUUCCGCAAGCGGCCCAGAGUGAUAGUGGUGUUGCCGACGCAAAACAGCCCUCUGUCAUUCCUCCACUAUGCUGGGAUCGGGCAGCAAAUGAGCCGUAUGCGCCCUUCCUGCCUCGAGUUCAUGGAUGCUGUCCGGAAGCCGGGUUCAUUCACAAACCAAUUGACUGUGCGCCAACCGACAUCGACGCGCAAACGCUUGUCGAUUGCACUAUGGCAAACCCAUUGAGCGACGCUGCAGCCCUCGCCAGCUCCUCCAUGUAUCCGUUAGACAACCCCGCCAUGGCUCGCCUGAGGGAGACUGUUACGGAUGGUGUUUUGCCAGCCGAGACCUCAUCAGAAGGCUUACGCUGUGGCUUGCACGCCCUGCUCGGCUCGCUCAACGACUUGCUUGCGCGCAAUGCAGGCUUAGACCAGAUACCUGUUCCGCUUGACAUCGCCACCGUUACGCAAGCGGUGUGGACCCGCCCAAAUGAACCGACGCCGGCUUACGAGGCCUUCGUUCGGAAUCGCUUGCGGUCAGUGCGCCAAGAUCUCGGUGAACCACAGUUCGCAAUGAUGAGGCAAGAGCUUACGCAGAGCAACAUGUUUGGGAUCGAACAGUUGACGGCCAUCACCGACUUCCUGCUGAUACGAGGUCUCCUUCCAUACCCUGUUGCGGUAGGCGUGGUGACCGCUGGCGCGAGGGUCGACGAGCGUGGUCUAAGCGGACCGUCAGUCCAGGUUCUCGGAGACCAUCAACCGGGUACACCUGUGGCUUGGCUGCAUAACGACAAUGGUGAGCAGCUAGGGCAGUCUGUCAGUCAUUGGUCGAUGUUUCGCACUUCCGGUGACCGCCCGGAUCUCCUCAUUGGCCUUCCGCUACCGCUUCAUGCAAGUCUGAUUGACAUAGACAUCGCCACUCCAGCUCCACCAAUGCCGAGUGGACAUGAUGCUUCUUUUGCAGAGGCUCAACCGUGUCCUCAGCUCAGUCAAGCAGAACCAGCUCCAGGAGAGACCGAUGUCGAGAGUGCACCGGCAUCUGAUGCUGAACGAGACAACAUGGUCUCUCAGCUUGGCUUGGGCCCUCUUUUGGACCCGGCUGACUCAAUCGCUUCAUUCGAGUUCAAUUUCGACUCAGACGAUUGCGAAGCAUUAUUGGAACAGCGUCCUGAACUGACGGACGACGACGGCUGGGACUGCCGGCCCAUCUGAUGGCCGAACGCGAAUGGUUAAGUGACAUGAGUCUUACGACAGUAUCAUGGCUGUACAGAAGCCAGCAUGAUGGAGAGAGAGCGCAGGCGUUUGGUUGGCUUUUUGAUACCCCCUUUCCCUUAAUCGACUGCAAAUAUCUGUUCAAGGCGACUUCAUCAGGUUCGUGCU